AUGGCCAUAACGCCCUCGCCUGCAGUCAUCAUUGUUCAGUUAGUCGGUGAACGAGCCAUCCUCUGCCUUACAGAACGUUACAACGAGCGCACAUACAGUACACAUUGACCCAUAGCCAAAAAUAGCUAUUGUUGGCAUCAACGUGGGCGCCAUCAAGAGGCCUGGGAGCCGCAGGUGGUUGGGUAACAUGAGUUGCGUCAUCUGUCCAUAUUCCGUUCAGAUUCAGUCCACUAUUAACUGGCAAGCAGUAAAAUUCGGUUCAAGAUCCGCGAUUGAUGGUUGA